AUUUCAUUUCUACUAAACGCCCUCGCCCCCGACGUGCCCAUCCUUGCACCUAAUCAGCACCGUCAAGAUGCCGAAGACCUUUGUGCCGAGGCAGCGAAAGCGCAAGAUCCUCGACCGUCAACGGGCACAGAAGAAGGCGGCGGCACGGGACGACCAAGAAAUCGACCCCGAGGAAGGCGAUAGCAACAUCGUCGAGAUUACGCCUGCAGCACAGGCUGAUGCUGAGAAGAAGAGAGCUCGGCUCCGCGACGAGUUUAAACCCCAGGACAGCAAAUUCAGCAGUAAAAAGGCGAAACGAUUGGAAAAAUACAUCGACGCCAAGCUGAAAAAGGACGAAACCCGAGAGUUACUCGCCAAACUCGCCGCCAACAAAAUCGACACCAGCCUCUUCUCCAGCAGCAAGUCAAUUGGCCAGACCAAGGAGACCAAAAGGGAGGCAUUAAGCCGUGCGCUCAGAGAAGAGCAUGCUGGCCUUGCCUUGGACAAGUCAAAGGCUUCCACCCUUCUAUACCAACCACGAAAGGUUGGCCAGGGGUCUCCCGAGGAGGACGGGCCGCCGGAAAGCUCCAGCAACGAGCAAGACGGGAGAGCUGGUGCCGGGCUGGCACAACCACGGCACCCGCUUUUGCUGGAACAGAACACUCCGGUGGCAGUUGGGUCGGGUCUGAAACGCCCGCUAGAGCGUGAUGAUUCAGGCCGCCCUAUUCUUGCCAAAAGGCAGAAGCGAGGGACCGCAAAACCGAAGCCUCCCUCUACAGCACAUGCGGCUCCUGCGAAGUCAGAGGUGGUUGAAUGGGAUGGAUUCAGCUCGGACAACGAAGGAUCUUCGGACGAAGGCUCUGAUCUGGACUCGGACGAUGGCGAAUUAGAUAGUCCGAGCUCUGGCGAGGGCUCCGAAAAGGACACGGACUCGGGCGAGGACUCGGACGAGGAGAGUUCUGGAGAUGAUGCAGACCCCGAGGAUGAGGCCACUCGACAUCAACGAAAAGAGAGGUCUUCCGCUUUCAAGGCCUGGGCUCACCAGAAAAGGAACGAAGCGUUAGGAUAUCAGCCAAUUGACUCAAACUCGCUAAUUCUCAGCAUUCCUAAACCGGAAAACUUCACACCGCGGCCUUUAGAACAAGACCCACUCCCUGUAGAGCUGCAGCCGACAACCAAUGUCACACGAAAGGCAUUUAGCGUGGUGGUGACCAGAGCCCCUGAUAUCGAAGAAGCCCGUUACCGGCUGCCCGUGGUGGCUGAAGAGCAGAAGAUUAUGGAGGCCAUCCACAACAACGACGUUGUCGUGAUAUGCGGCGCGACUGGUUCCGGAAAGACUACCCAGGUGCCGCAGUUCCUAUUUGAAGCCGGCUACGGCUCCCCGAACAGCCGCACCCCCGGCAUGAUUGGCGUAACCCAACCAAGACGAGUGGCGGCAGUCAGCAUGUCAAAGCGAGUGGGCCAAGAGAUGGGGAACUAUUCCCACGCUGUAGCAUAUCAAAUCCGAUUCGAGGGCAAUGUCGACCCCAAGACAGCGCUCAAGUUCAUGACAGAUGGUGUUCUUCUUCGCGAAGCGGCUCAAGACAUCGCCCUUCGCAAAUAUUCCGCCCUCAUCAUCGACGAAGCUCACGAGAGGAGUGUAAACACAGACAUCCUCAUCGCGAUGCUGAGUCGUAUUGUCAAACUCAGAGGGGAUUUGGCUAAGGAAGACCCGUCGGUCCGGCCUCUCAAGCUCAUAAUCAUGUCAGCUACACUUAGGAUUGAGGAUCUGACACAAAAUCCUUCACUAUUCUCAACCCCCCCUCGUGUGAUUGAAGUCGAGGGGCGGGAGCACAGUGUCACGCUCCAUUUCUCUCGCAAAACACGGCACGACUAUGUCAAAGAGGUAUUCCAAAAGAUCAGUAGAGGUCACAAAAAGCUUCCCCCAGGUGGAAUUCUUGUUUUCCUCACUGGCCAGGGAGAAAUAUCGCAGCUGAGCAAACAACUAAAGUCUGCAUUUGGCGGCGGCCUAAGCUCGACUGUUGGAACGAAGGUUCGGAUUUCGGCUACCGAUGCCCCUAUUGAGGCUGAAGAUAUCGACUUUGGAGACAUUGACGACCGAAAUGUCAUUGACAUGGAUGACGAGGUCUCAUUUGAAUCGGACGACGAAGAAGAAGGCGAGUUUGAUAUCGAAGACGAGGAAGCUGGAACUGGUCCGAUGAAGAUGCACGUUUUGCCCCUUUACUCUUUGCUUCCAACAAAAGAGCAGAUGAGAGUUUUCGACCACCCGCCUGAUGGGUCGCGCCUAGUCAUCCUGGCCACCAACGUGGCGGAGACGAGCUUGACAAUACCCGGUAUCCGCUACGUGUUUGACUGCGGACGAUCCAAAGAGCGGCGAUUCGAUCCCGUUAGUGGCGUGCAGAGCUUCGAAAUCGGCUGGAUAAGCAAGGCGAGUGCAAAGCAACGUGCUGGCCGUGCCGGUCGUACUGGGCCCGGUCACUGCUGGAGGCUUUACUCGUCUGCGGUGUACGAAAGAGACUUCUCCGAGUUUUCGCAGCCAGAGCUGUUGCGGAUGCCCCUGGAAGGAGUGGUUCUACAACUGAAGUCGAUGAACCUCCAGCAUGUCGUCAACUUCCCCUUUCCUAGUCCUCCAGACCGCCAAAGCUUGAUAAAAGCUGAAAAGGUUUUGAGCUACCUGUCAGCUAUUUCACCAAGUGGGCAGAUUACACGAAUAGGGUCAACCAUGUCGAUUUUCCCCUUGUCUCCCCGUUAUGCACGGAUCCUACUCGUCGGGCAUUUGCAUGACUGUAUGCCAUACACCAUCGCGCUGGUUGCAGGAAUGUCUGCGGGGCAGGUUUUCGUUCCAGAGAAUCAGGCCAUUCCCGCCGCCUCCGUACCGACCGGAGACUUCCGUACCACCGAAGACGUCAUUGCCGAUGACCGGCGGGCAAAGUUGCGACAAGCCUUCAAUAUGGUUCAUAAAAACUUCUGUUUUCUCGACGACAAGUCGGACGCCAUCAAAUUGCUGCAGGUUGUCGGUGAAUUUGCCCAUGAGCCCACAGAGGCCUGGUGCGAGAGUCACUUUGUGCACUUCAAGAUUCUGAAAGAGAUCAGGCAGCUCCAAAGUCAAAUUGUUGAUCUCCUGAGAACCAAUAUUCUUUCCUUUGUCGGCCUAAAGGUGCCCGACAAGCUAGAUGCUCCCUCUUCAAAACAAAUACAGGCCCUAAAGCAAAUGGUCGCUGCUGGGUUCAUCGACCAGGUAGCUAUUCGAGCUGACAAGUCUCCGAACCCCCCGGAGAUGUGCAGAAAGCCCCGACGUGCUAUAGAUGUUCCUUACUUGCCCCUGAUACCGCUCGAGGGCGAGAAGAAGCUGGAAGACUCGGAACGGCUAGUGUACAUCCAUCCUGGCUCUCCAUUAGCUCACCUGAGCGUAGAAGAAUGCCCCGACUACGUUGUGUAUGCGUAUCUCCAGAAGGUGGGCAACACGGGCGCCGACAGCACCAAGAAGCCCAAAACGCGCAUGCACGCCUUGACGGCUUUGACGGGUGGCCAGCUGGCCUCGUUGGCGAAGGGGACCCCGCUCAUCACUUAUGGCAAACCUAUCAAGGAGAUCAUGGCGGACAGCACGAAGAGGGAGGUGUGGGUUAUCCCGUAUCUGAGGGCCGAAAACACGGGCGGAUUGGGAUGGCCUUUGCCCGCACGAAAGGUGACACAAAAAAAGGUGGCAGGAAAAGGAUGGGUUGUUGAAUGAAUCAUUGCUAUAGCAACAUAACUCCAUAGAAGCAGCGCCAUAACAACAGUGAUUUAUUUGCUA